GCCGCGGGGCGGGGCGGGAAGGGAAGGGGGCGGAUGGCGGCGGGGCGGCGCCAUGUUGCGCUGGCUGGUCGCGCUGCUCAGCCGCUCCUGCUUGGUCUCCAAGGGCGGCGCCAUGUUCUAUGCGGUGCGCAAGGGCCGGCGGACCGGCGUCUAUCGCACCUGGGCGGAGUGCCAGCAGCAGGUCGACAGGUUCGCCGCCGCCAGAUUCAAGAAGUUCGCCACCGAGAGGGAAGCCUGGGCCUUCGUGAACGGCGGCACCUCCGGGGAGCAGCAGCAGCAGCAGCAGCAGCCUGCGCCGGCAGAUAGCUCGCCUCCCCUCGCCUGGCUCCCUACGGCCAUAAAUAAGAAUGCCCAUGGUCCUUCAGCUGUAAUACAGGAAAAUGUUAGCCAGAGAGAGGAACCAGCAGAAGACCUCUUCUGUUGCGGUACAUGUAAAAGGCCAUAUGAACAGUCUGCAAAUGAAGAACAUACCGCCAAACGUGCAAAACAUGAUGAGGUGCACUUGGCACCAACAGUUAGUGGAGACAAAUUUUCAUAUAUGGGUGACUUUGCAGUUGUUUAUACAGAUGGUUGCUGCUCGGGUAAUGGACGUAACAGGGCACGUGCGGGAAUAGGUGUCUACUGGGGACCAGGCCACCCUUUAAAUAUCAGUGAAAGACUUCCUGGACGGCAGACUAAUCAAAGAGCUGAAAUACAUGCAGCCUGCAAAGCAAUUGAGCAAGCAAAGAGUCAGAACAUCAAGAAACUAAUUAUCUACACUGAUAGCAAGUUCACUAUUAACGGUAUUACAAGCUGGGUUGACAACUGGAAAACAAAUGGCUGGAGAACAAGUUCGGGAGGAAGUGUAAUAAAUAAAGAAGAUUUCGAAAGACUUGAUAAUCUAUCAAAAGGCAUAGAAAUUCAGUGGAUGCAUAUUCCUGGUCAUGCUGGUUUCCAAGGGAAUGAAGAAGCUGACAGACUGGCAAGAGAAGGAGCUAGUAAAUAAAUGUGACAUAUUAGGACUAGAGACUACUGCACUUGCAGGAAAAGGACUAACAUUGCAGUGACGAUUUGAACUGCUGUUCUUGUUCCGGAGUUGAACUUUGAACUGUACUUAUUUCUGGCCUGAAGCGCUAACCGUACACCAACGGUGGGAGAAGAAGAAAAAAAUCAACAUGUUGUAUUCUGCACUUUUUGCUUUGCAAUCAAGUCAAUAUUUAGUUGAUCAUAUACAGUGUUUGCUUUUUUCUCCAUCUUAACCGAAGCGCUGCUGUCAGUGUCUUUUAGCAGUCUCAUAGACGUUUGGAUUCACCAGAAAGACAGACUUCUGGAGAAAUUACAUUAAAUCUUUACCCUAUGUGUUCUGUAUUUCCCUCUUAUAAUGAAAUAAAUUAAUUUUUUUUUGUACAGAGAUA